AAACACAGAGAAAAAAAGAAACAAAGGUCAAAGCGAAGCAGUUGUAGUAUAGCGUAUAGAGGUAAUGAUUUACAGAGAUAUAUCUAUACAUAUAUAUCAGAAAAUAAAUAUAUAUUUUUUCUGUUUGGCAGUGGGAAUAGCAGAGGGUGUGUGUUAAUGUAUUUAAAGGAAAAAAAAAAGAGAGCAGGUAUUAUCAGAGUCCUUAGGAAUUUACAGAGCCUCACACCUUCGUCUUUUCCUUUUCUCGUGAUCUUUUCUCUCUCUAAAAUCUUCCCUUUCUCUCUCCUCUUUAUCUCUGCUUUAAAAUUCUUCUUCUUCUUCUUAUUCUUUUUGUUCUUUAAAAAACUCUUUCUUCUUACUCUUCAUUCACUGCUGCCUACCUAUAGCUAUAUAUAUAUAUAGUUAUAUACUAUACCUGAACUUUUCAGACUGUGUUCCCAAUAAAUUUUUUCAACCCACCUUGGUGUUUUGUGAAGAUAUUGUUUAUUUAUACUUAAAGAGGAGAUCGUUGAACCAGUAGUUAGUGGGUAAGAAAAACCCAUUUCAAUUAGAGAAAGAGUAUUUUCUUUUUUCAUUUUCUGUUUGGGGAGAGAAGGUAAGAAAAAAAAAUAUGAGUAGUUGUGGAAGAAGUGGUGCUGUAAGACAGUAUAUAAGAUCGAAGGUGCCUCGUCUGAGAUGGACUCCUGAGCUUCAUCACUGUUUUGUUCAUGCAAUUGAAAGACUUGGUGGCCAUAAAAAGGCCACACCAAAGCUUGUUCUUCAAUUAAUGGAUGUUAAAGGACUCACCAUUUCACAUGUCAAAAGCCAUCUCCAGAUGUAUAGAAGCAUGAGAGGCGAUCUGGUUAAACAAGACAGAACUAGUUCCAACCAUUUUCAAAGAUCAAGACAAAAUUUCAACGAGGAAUAUGAACACAACCGUAGAAUAAUAAUAGAUCAUCAUGAUGAAAAUGAUGUUGUUGAUGAUGAUGAUGAAGAUGAAGAUAAUCAAUAUGAAUUUGAAUAUGAUGAUGAUGAAGAUGAUCAACUAAUAAACAACAAUGUGGGUUUUUUAAACUCAUCUUCCAAACGCAUUAGAGAAUCAGAUUCUAAUCACUCCAUUUACACUUCUCUCCCUUCAAAAAGAGCAAGAAGUUCUUCAAGGGUGCAAUGUAACAGGAAGAGAAUAAUAUCAUCAACAAGUAAUGAGAGAGUGAGGAAUCCGUACUAUUUUGAUGAUUAUAAUAGUAAGUUGUUGGGUUUGGGUUUGGGUUGUCAUGAUCAUCAUCAUCAUCAACCUCAGCUUCAGCCUCAUCAGCCUCAGCAGCAGUUGUUUAAGGGAAUAAUAAAAGAGACUCAUUCCUCACCACCUUUCUCACUGCCACACAGUCUUUACAACCUCAAUCCUUUCAAAUAUGCAGUCCAAGAAUCUGAUUUCUUUAAGGCUAACAAGCUAGUGGAUCGAAGUUAUGAACCAAAACGACCGUGUAAAGAAGAGAAAACGACAAUGACAACGGCAUUGCAGGUGGAUCGUGACCCCGAGGCCAGAGGCUUUGGGUUGUCACUUUCACUCCCGUUGCACCACCACCGCCACCAUCUCUCGUCGAACAAGAGCAACGCUUCUUCGAUGAGCGAGAUUAGCGAGGCGAUAACGUCAUCUUACAACACCACUACUACUACCAACAACAACAACACUAUGUCUGCUUACAAAGACUGCUCUAGCUCAUCUUCGGCCAAACACAAUCGUCUUAAUUUGGAUCUUUCUAUUGCUCUUUGUGGCAAUUAAUAUUAGUUAAUUAAUUAAUUAACAGUGGUUGAUGAUCAUAUUUGUAAAAUCUUCAUGUUUUAAUUAGGCCACAUAUAUAAAUAGUCUGUCAUCUAUAAUAUCACUACAUCUAGAUUUAAUUAGUUCAAUCCUUUUUGUUUCUUUUAAUUAAUUAGUUAAUUAGUUUCGGAGUUAUGUCCUAUAUAUAUCUAAAUUCACAAAUUAAUUGAGCCU